GUCUCCAUGCAUCGUCCUGAUGUAAAGGUGAUGAUAGAUGAUGGGUUUAUUCACCCCCUCUUCCUCUUGGGGGUGCCUCACAGCUGCUACUUCUUUAAGAGACACCGCCCGCCCCCUCGCCUGUAUUUUUAGCUGAGCCAGCUUCUUCAUUUGCUGGAUAAGACAGGCAUGUCUCUGAGUGUGGACUGGAAGGACUUCAUCGUUUUUAAUGCAUGACAUCAGUUCGCAUCCUGUGGAUUCGCAGUGGGCCCAUGCAGCCAGAUGUUUCUUUGGAGUAUCUAUUUUUCAGAUGCUGAAACGCGCAGUCACCCCGUGGAUGCUUGAUGUGCGUUAUGAAACGCAACGCUGCACCAGGUACCUAAAAUGAAGCGAGAUCAAACAAAUUAAAGGGGAAAUUUAUUCGUCUACAAUCCAAAUAUUCCUGCAGCGCAGAAUCCUGCUCCUCGGCCCGCUGGUUCCUCUUUUCCUUGGACUAGGGGAUCAGGAGAAAACCUUCAAGACGGAGGGGGUAGUGGAGCAUCGAGGGAAAAACAGGGGCAACAUGAGAGAGCGGGACUUCAUGCCCAACAUGGAGAGAGGCAAACCUGCCACUUACACGGGGGACAAAAAGGCUAAAAUGGCUGCUAAGACUAACAAGAAGUGGGUGAGACUUGCCACUGUUUUUGCAUAUGUGCUGUCGGUGUCCUUAGCAGCCAUUAUCCUGGCUAUUUACUACAGUCUGAUCUGGAAACCAACCAGCGCAUCUUCCUCAUCUGGGAAGCCUGUGGUGCCUGAAGGGGUCUCCCCCACCGCGAACAUCUCAGCAGUUUCUCCAAACAGCAGCGUCUCGGAGUGGAACUCUACACAGACAGUGCUGGUGACUGAUAUGGCUGUGAACCAAACCGGGCUGGCCACAACCCCGCGCAAUUAUGCGGAAAGGGGGUUCGUCUACAUGCACGGCGCAGCGGAAACAGAAAGUGCGCACGUGGAAAAACUGAACGCAUCUUCCCACGGUGACAUGCACACGAGCGUCCCUCUCACCCCGGAGGAGGAGAGCGACGCGGUGACCGAAAACAGCGGCCCCGAGCAGGCGGCCGCGGACGGAGCCACUAUCCCUCCGACUUAAAGCCGGAGCUGAGAGGAGACUGAUCGGUCCGCCCGUUAUAACCCAUCACUGCACCCUCUCUUAUUUAAAAACGUUAAGUUUUACAUUCUCAAAGCCGCAGGUCGGAUUAACACAAAGGUCUUCUUGCUGGAGAGCUCAUUUUGCAGAGCCCCCGUAUGGAUGCUGAACUGCACAUACUAACUCGUAACCUUGAUUUCAUGCCUGAGAACAGAGGACCGCUAUUUUCCUCAAAGAUCACUUUCCCCUGUACUAUGCUUUCAUUUUUAUUUUUAAGACAUCUCUAUGCCUUAAAUCCACUUAUAAAGCCAAUUACCUGCCCGAAGGUGUGGACAAAACUGGUAAAAAUGUUUCCAAAUUAUAUAGAACGAUGGCCAGAAUUAUGUUUUUGAUUUUGUAGGACACUCUGUUAUACUGAGCUGUAAUUUAUCAGUUUAAAUCAAUAUUACAUGGCCAGCAUUUAUUUGUGGGGCCCACAAGUAAAUGUCUGAAGAUUUCACCAUAGACAUAGGCUGGUGUUAGAUUCUGGUAUAAUUAUACUACCAUUUUACUGUAUUUACAUUUACAUUGGUCCAGUUGACGGAACCUUGAACAAUUAAGUAUUGCAGUGAUGAAAUUCCUUGUUUUUCCUCCCUGGGUGUUUAUUUCUACCAAUUUUUAAUUCUUAGUCUAAGUUUAGACCAUGCCUGGUAUAAAAAAGUAAAGUAAAAUGGAUAUGUGCAAAUCAGCAGUGAAUAAACCUCACACAAUUUCA